CAGUUUGAGUUACGUCAACGCCUCGGCUUGCGGCACACACACGUGUGUUUACUACCAACAUGGUGAAAGUGUCCGAGAAGAAGAAGAGCGUGAAGAAGAGCUCCGAGGAGGAGGAGGAGGAGGUCCGGUACGGAGAGGAAGAGGAGGAGGACGGAGAGCUCCGCGGUGAGGGUGAUGAAGAGGAGGGUGAUGAAGAGGAGGAGGAAGAUGAACGUAAACGCCAGAAGCUGCUGGACGCCAUCGGCUCUCUGGGCGGGAGGAGGAAGAGGAGGAAGAGGAGUCAGGCCGAGAGGUCGGAGGCGGCCGCGCUGAUGUCAGAGUUCACCGUGAACGCGGAGGGGGGGGGCGACAAGGUCCAGCUGUCGGACCUCAUCGGAACCGCGGACCGGGUUCCCGCCAAGACCCGGAAGCAGCUCGAGAACCUGCAGCGGGUGAGGAAGAGCAUCCAGAGCCCGCUCAGCCGGCGGGAGAGCGACCGGAUCCAGCGGGACGUGGCCUUCCAGAAGGCGGCCUCGGAGGUGAGCCGCUGGAAGGAGGUGAUCAGGCAGAACCAGAGGGCGGAGCAGCUGGUGUUCCCCCUGCACCAGGACCCGCCCGGACCCGGACCCGGACCCGUGGAGCGGCUGGUGUCGGGCUGGAGGGCUCGCACCCCGCUGGAGGAGGAGGUCUUCGCCUUGCUCUCCGCCAACAAGCAGCCCAUCCACGACCCGGUGCUGACCCCGAGGGAGGAGGCGUCCGUCCGGGCCAUGAGCCUGGAGGAGGCGAAGGUCCGCCGGGCCGAGCUCCAGAAGGCCCGGGCCCUGCAGUCCUACUACGAGGCCCGGGCCCGGAGGGAGAGGAAGAUCAAGAGCAAGAAGUACCACAGGGUGCAGAACAAGGCCAAGCGGAAGGAGUUCCUGAAGAAGUUCGAGGAGAUGGUGGAGGCGGACCCGGCCGGCGCCCUGGAGGAGCUCCACCGGAUGGAGGUGGCGAGGAUGAAGGAGCGGAUGUCCCUCAAGCACCAGAACAGCGGCAAGUGGGCCAAGUCCAAGGCCAUCAUGGCGAAGUACGACGAGGGGGCGCGUAGGGCCAUGCAGCAGCAGCUGGAGGUCAACAAGGAGCUCACGCAGAAGGUCGUCACCUCCCUGAAUGAGGAGGAGGAAGAGGAGGAGGAGGAGGUGCUGCCGGGUUUCGUGAACGAUGCAGAGCGAGGAGUUGAUUCCUCGAAUCCCUGGAUGAGAGGGAAGCUGUCCGAGGAGAGGAAGGAGGCGGAGGAGGAAGAGGAGGAGGUGAUGGAGACUGUGGAUCUUACAGUGGAAGAGGAGGAGGAGGAGGAAGAGGAGGAGGUGAAGGAAACGGAGGAGGAAGUUCUCCUCCGAGAGUUCGACAGCCGGAGGAAGCUGCGUCAGGCUGAGGAGGCCGAGACAGCGCCGGUGAUAUCUGUGGAGGAGGAAGAGGAGGAGGAGGAGAGAGCUGCUUCAGACAGAGAGGAAGAGGAGGAGGAGGAGGAGGAGAGAGCUGCUUCAGACAGAGAGGAAGAGGAGGAGGAGGAGGAGAAAGCUGCUUCAGACAGAGAGGAAGAGGAGCUCUCGGAGUUCACGACCCUCUUCCGAGGAAUAUCCGACGCCGAGAAGGUCGCCACGGACUCGGCGGCUCCCCUUCAGGAAGGUCUGAUCCGGAUCAGGACUCUGGAGGACGUGGACCUCCUCAGUCAGGAGGCUCCUGAUGAUGAAGCUCCUCCUCUUCCUCCUCCUCCUCCUCUUCCUCAACCCUCCGCCGCAGUGAACCCGCCUCCUCCUGCGACUGAAAAGACGGGAAAACCCAAAAAGAGGAAGCGAGGGAUCGAACUGAAACAAGUUCUCACCAAAGACACGAAGGCCAUCAAAGUCCCGCUGGCGCCGACCGUGGAGGACGGCGAGGAGGACGGCGAGGAGGACGGCGAGGAGGACGAGGAGCAGCGGGGGCUCAUCAGGGAGGCGUUCGCCGGAGACGACGUCGUCUCCGACUUCCUGAAGGACAAGAGGAAGCAGGAGGACUCGGGGAAGCCGGCGGUGGUCGACCUGACGCUGCCCGGCUGGGGCGAGUGGGGCGGCACCGGCCUCAAACCGUCCCGGGGCAAACGCAGGCGGUUCCGGGUCAAAGCGGCGCCGCCUCCGCCCAGGAAGGACCAGCACCUGCCCAGCGUCAUCAUCUCGGAGAAGAGGAACAGCGCCAUCAGCGGCCACCAGGUGAACUCGCUGCCGUUCCCCUUCGCCAACCCGGCGCAGUUCGAGAGCGCCGUCCGCACGCCGCUGGGCCGCACCUGGAACACGGAGCGGACCGUGAAGAAGGUCGUGAAGCCGAGGGUGGUCACCCGGAUGGGCGCCAUCAUCGAGCCGAUGCAGCGCGAGGAGCUGAUGAAGGACAGGAAGCGGGCGGGGGGGAAAACUACUUUGGACUCGCUGACAAAGAAACAUUAACAUGGGACUGAAAUGCAUUCUGGGUAAAAUCAUCAGUUACUGAUGAGACAUUCAGAGAUCCUUUCACAAUAAGAGCACAAAUAAUAUACUUCUGUUUGUGUCAGAGCUUCAGUUUGAUGCUUUUAGGGGUUAUUGAAGAAGAUUAAUCUAUUUUUCAAACUUUAAACUGACUUCAAACAGAUGUGGACACAUUUAAAUGAAUGUUUCGUCAGUUUUGAGGUUAUUUACGUGUUAAAUACACAAAACCUGCGUGUUAGAAUCCAGAAAUCUUAACGUAAUAUUUCAUGGUGUUUAUUUUUCUUGGUGUUUUUUUUUGCUGUGCUGCGUUUUGUUGUCGUAUUAAUCGUAUAAAUAACCUCAAAGUGAGUCAGAAUCAGCCCACUGGGAGAUUAAAUGUGACCACUUCUGCUUUAAAAAGACAUUUUGUGUUUUAGAAAAUGUCUCAUUAACCCCUAAAACCUCCUUUAUUGUCCAAAUCAACCAAUCAGCUGCUGGAAUAUUGUCCAUAAAGCUGAUUAUCAAUGCUGAUUGUGCUAGUGUUGAUGCUAACAUCUGUCAGUGUGAAACUGCUCGAGACCCAAACUGAACAUUUCUGAUAUAAAAGUUGUCGUGAUGAGUUUCUGUGAUUCGUUCACACUUAUUAGAUCAUUUAUUAGUUAAUAUUAAUGUUAAUGUUACACUGAAACAAUAAAACAAAUGAUUCACUUCCUACAGUAAUUAAUCAAUUAACUAAUUAAUGUGCAACCAGUCAGAUUCUUCUGUUGUAAAUGUUUAAGAUCUAUUGAGUGUAAAUGAAUCACAUAAAUAUACGUAUGUAUAUGAUUUGUACUUUUAUUAUAAAGAAAAGAUUAAAAAACAGUUUUUUCAUGUUUAUAUAUUUGAUAUUAAAAUCUGUUUAAUCAAAUACAGAAAGUCAAAUAAUGUGAAAUCAAUUAAAGAUGCAUUUUACUGUUAAUGGUUAUUUUUUACAGUGUACAACAUUAUAACUACAACAUACAGUAAAAUAAAUGAUCUUAAAGCAUCAUAUUAUUAUAUUUUCAUCAUAAAGUGUUAUAUUUGUUAUUUUCCUCAGUUAGAUGCAUCACACUGUUUAUUUUUAGUGUACGACAUUAAAGCUGCAGCAUUAUAGUAAAAAUAAUAUUCUUUUUUUUUACAUUUAUUGUGAAAUCAAAGUUACUGAGAGUAAUAAUUUAUUUUCAUUUUUACUGAAAAUAAAAUCAUUUGUUGUGGUCGAGGUUUUUUAUUAGUGAUGCAAAGUGUGAACUUUCUUUUUUCAGCUGAUAGUUAAUAAAUGAUUAUUAUUGACAUCAUUUUUAUGUUGCAUCCCUAUUUAAAAUCUGUUUUUAUUUUGACAGACAUUAAGAUUUGAAAUGAUUGAAUGAUGAUUUUUGCAUCAUAUUUUUCAUUUUCACUGAAGAAAACCAUUAAAAUCAUGUUUGUUGUGGUUUUUAAUAAAGUUAUUACAAUGUGGA